UUGUCUGGACUGGUCCCUCUGGAAGAAGAGGCUGUGAGGGGAGCCUGUGGCGUGUCAAGCGCGCAAGGCUCAGAAAACUUACCUACUGUCCCUGCCUGCCCAUCGCCAGCACCCCUCAAUCCCAGGCCUGGGGACCUGGGGUCGUAGAUGCUCGGGGAGGGGCUGCAGACUCUGAACUGAAAGUCCAGGGUUGGCUGGCUCCUCUAACUGAUGGCAUGUUGAAGUACAUGGGCCAGCAACAACGAGGGCAUCUGAUCCGGAGGGGGCCACUCUAGAGGCCAGGCCAUCACCACCAUGGGCCAGUGUGUCACCAAGUGCAAGAAUCCUUCAUCAACCUUGGGCAGCAAGAAUGGAGACCGUGACCCUAGCAGCAAGUCACACAGCAGGCGGGGAGCUGGCCACCGUGAGGAACAGGUGCCACCAUGUGGCAAACCAGCUGGGGAUAUCCUUGUCAAUGGGACCAAGAAAGCAGAGGCUGCCACUGAGGCCUGCCAGCUGCCAACAUCUUCUGGAGAUGCUGGGAGGGAGUCCAAGACCAAUGGUGAGGAGUCUUCCUUGCAGAGGUUGGAAGAACUGUUCAGGCGCUACAAGGACGAGCGGGAGGAUGCAAUCUUGGAGGAAGGCAUGGAGCGCUUUUGCAAUGACCUGUGUGUUGAUCCUACGGAAUUUCGAGUGCUGCUCUUGGCCUGGAAGUUCCAGGCGGCUACCAUGUGCAAAUUCACCAGGAAGGAGUUUUUUGAUGGCUGUAAAGCAAUAAGUGCAGACAGCAUUGAUGGGAUCUGUGCACGGUUCCCUAGCCUCUUAACAGAAGCCAAGCAAGAAGAUAAAUUCAAGGAUCUCUACCGGUUUACAUUUCAGUUUGGCCUGGACUCUGAAGAAGGGCAGCGGUCAUUGCAUCGUGAAAUAGCCAUUGCCCUGUGGAAACUAGUAUUUACCCAGAACAAUCCUCCUGUAUUGGACCAAUGGCUAAAUUUCCUAACAGAGAACCCCUCGGGAAUCAAGGGCAUCUCCCGGGACACUUGGAACAUGUUUCUCAACUUCACUCAGGUGAUUGGCCCUGACCUCAGCAACUACAGUGAAGACGAGGCCUGGCCGAGUCUCUUUGACACCUUUGUGGAGUGGGAAAUGGAUCGGAGGAGAAGAGAAGCAGAGGGGAGAGGCGCACUCAGCUCAGGGCCCGAGGGCUUGUGUCCAGAGGAGCUGCACUGAGGAUCUGCCUGCUGCCCUGCAGCCAAGUGAGGAAUUGGACCUUUCUGGAAAUUACUGAAGAUCCGGAUAUUUUCUACUUAACACCUUUCUCUGCCUUGUAUUUGAAAGGGCUCUAAAAUGCUGUAUCAUGUUUUAGGCACUUUCUUCAUUUUUUUGGUUAUUUUGGUUAUUUCUUUUUUGGGUGAGAAAUCCCCCAAAAAUAUUUGAACCUGGCUACAUGUUGUGUACCUUUUUUGAAGCCUUCAGAUAGAAUAAGCCUGCCAUUUCUUGCACAAAUGUAUUAGAUUUGUUUUGGUUUUGUGGGGGAGGGUCUAGGCCUGGGUGGGGAGGGACUGUUAGGUUGAGUUAACAUUACAAUGACACAGUGCCAGAUCUCAGUUUUGCAUAUUACUUUUCAGGGCAGGUCUGUACUGUGUGUAGUGCUGUUUACAUGGUUGAAUUUAGGUUGUAAUAAUUAUUUUAAAAAAAUUUACACAGAUAGGAAUAGCAGUGUUAACUGUUAGCCACAUUGCAUUAAUUUCCAGACAGUUUGGAGCUCUCGGAGAGCCAGGGCCAAGGCCAGUCAAGAGCAUUUGCAGCCUGACGCCCCAUCCAUCCCUUUAAGCUAAUUUAUCCAAAGCCCUUACCUCCCUCACUUCUUGCCCAUUCCUUCUUUGACCUAUUGCAUUUCAUGUUUAAUUUAUCCAUCACCAUGCUGUACCUGUCAGUCAAGUGAGCAGUUUUGUUUUGUUAGAACACAUUGUACUGAAACCACUUAAGCGUUGAAUGCAGAGAAAGCAGUGCUACCUCAGUUUUGCUGGAAGUAGACUUCUUUGAUAGUUUUCUUUGAUGUUUUGUAUUUUCAUGUCAUGAGUGGAAAUGCUUUUUUUUUCUUUUUUCUUCUUUUUUUCAUUUGCCUUGGAGCCAAAGUUUCCGUUCUGGGUGGUGAGAAAAGCAUGCCUGCCGGCCAGCUGACCAAGAAAACUAUAGCAUGGAACUCUGCUUCAAACUGUUUUUUUUUUUUUCUUUAGUUUUUAUUGAGUAUCAUCAGCUUACUUGUCUGGCAAGUGCAGAAGCCUGAGGCUGGCCUGAACUCUGCCAAACAAAUUAUCCAAGUGUAUUGAAUCAUUAAGUGUAUGCCCUCUCCCUCUCUGCUGCGCCCACGUUGUCACUUAACCCCCAGGAGUUAUUUAUUAUCUUUUUGUUCAUGUCAAGCUCAUUUGGGGUAAUGUGAUGACUGUUUAGGUUUACAUGACCCUCCUCUCCUUCCCUUACCCCCAGAUAUGCAUAUAUACAUAUAUAAGAUAUGUAUAUAUUUUACCUUUAUAAAAUAUAUAUAUACACAUAUAUGUAUCUAUAUUCCUUUAUUUGUCCGCUAAAACUGGCCAUAAAAGAGGGAGCUGCCUUUGAUCUGCAGUUAAGAUGCCAGGGAGCAUCAUAAAUGGAGGCUGUUGUAUAUGAAUUUGGACAUUUUCACUGAACUUGAAUGAAUUUGCUCACAGGAAGGAGGAACCAGUUCUCUAGACUCCACAUGUUCACUCUGCCAGGCCAGCUUUGGUCAAGCUGCCACCAGGGCUUGAGGAGCUGACUCUGUCCUACCUAGUUUACUAGAGGACCCUCUUGAUAAUUUCCCAUUAAAAAAAUAUCCUCAAAAAAAUUGUACUGGAAGGUGGGUGGUAGGAGCUUGUAUAGUUCAGCUUCCAAUACUUCGGAACAGAUUAAAAAGGGAAUCUUUUAAUAAAAGUUACAAAAAUAUUUAUACUCUUGAUACAA